ACCCUUUCAAAGGCCGAAUCCCUUCCUUCUCAUACCUGUCUAUCUUAAACCCUAAACACCGAGUCAGACCGAUUCAGGUUGACUCAACACUAAGCCAACAAUGGCGGACGUAGUUCAGUACCGUCUCGAGCGCAUGGUAGACGAGCUCGACGAUCUCGAACGGCGAGGUCUCUUCACUCGCCGCGAGAUUGCCGAGAUAGUAAAGCAACGGCGCAAGUUCGAAUACCGGCUCAAGCGACCUUCUCCUCUGAAGCAAGAUUACAUUGCCUACAUCGACUACGAGACUCAGCUCGAUUCGCUCCGCCAACUCCGCAAGAAAGCCGCCACACGCGAACUCGUGAGACAAGGCAAGAAGAAGACUAAGACGAGAAAAUCGGUUUCCGAUUUUGCGCCUGUCUCGAGAAUCAUGGAGAUUUAUAGACUCGCUGUGAUGAGAUACAAAGGAGAUGUUGAGCUUUGGUUUCGGUACCUUGAGUUUUGUAGACAGAGAAAGAAUGGAAGAAUGAAAAAGGUUUUGGCUCAAGUGAUUAGGUUUCAUCCUAAGGUUCCAGGAGUUUGGAUAUAUGCGGCAGCAUGGGAAUUUGAUCAUAAUUUGAAUGUGGCAGCUGCUCGUGCUUUGAUGCAGAGCGGUUUGAGAAUGUGUCCUAAUUCAGAAGACCUUUGGGUAGAAUAUCUUAGGAUGGAACUUACUUACCUUAACAAGUUAAAAACUCGAAAGGUUGCUUUGGGAGAGGAUAAAGGAACUUUGGUUCGUGAUCAUAAGGAUGCCGAUGAAAAGCAAUGGAAAGAGGAAAACAAAGAUUUGUUUAUGUCCCUUGAUGAUGAAGAAAAAGGAAAUGAUGAUCAUGGUUCAGAUGAAGAGUUAGAGAAGAAAUUGGAUUUGUUUUUGGAGCAUGCUUCGGGUGUUCUUAAAACUAUCUAUAAGGGAGCAAUUGAAGCGAUUCCUUCUAGUUUUGGUCUUAGAAAACAGUUUCUUGAGAUAUUGGAAGCAAUAGAGGUGGCAGAUUCAGAAGAGCUGCAUGAGGAGAUACUGACUGAUAUGAAGAGAGACUUUUCAGCUGAUCCGGAAUAUUGGGAUUGGCUAGGAAGACUUGAAAUGUCUGAUGCCUCAAGUUCAGGGAAGAAGAAUGAGGAUGCCAUGCUUUCUCAGUUGCAAAAGGCUGUUCAGGUUUAUGAAGAGGCAACAAAAACUGUGCCUUCAGCCAUGAUGUUUAAUUUGUAUAUCAAAUUUUUUAUGGAUGUCAUUGCUUCUAAAAGAGGAGACAUGGAAGCUUACUCGAGUUAUGUUUCACAUAUCUUGAAGGUUUAUGAGAAGGCUGAAACAAUGGAGUGUCUUACGGAAGAACUUGCUUGCCAAUAUAUUUCAUUUUACACACAAAUUGGGAGAUUGGAGGAAGCCAAGAAAGUAGCAGAGAAGCUUUGUAGUGGAAAACUUUCAGAUUCAGUACAGCUAUGGCUGUUAAGGAUUUCAGUAGAAAUUAGAUGUGUUUCAAAGAAUUCUCUUUCUCCUAGCAAGGCUGAUACAUCAUCCAUCUUUGAACUUCUCAAAACUGUAUUGACAAAAACGUCAAUAUCAGAAGCUGAGAGCUUGUGGAUGAUGGCUCUGAAAUUCUUUGCAAACCAGAAGAAGUACUUUGAGAAGCUAAUUGAGUUUUCUCUCAUUUCGGUAGCUAAAUAUGGUGGCAGAGACAAUGGAUUUUCUCUUUCUUCAGCUGUAGUGAAUUUCAUCCUUCAUAAGGAUGGACUUCAACAUGCAAGAGAGGUGUAUAAGCGAUUCCUUGCUCUACCUCAUCCAGGUCUUGCUCUAUAUAGAAAUUGCAUUGAAUUGGAGUCAAACUUCGCAUCUCUAGGUGAUGAAGAUUCUCUAGUAAAUGGGCGAAAGUUGUAUGAAGCUGCACUUGCAACUUAUGACCAAGACACCAGCUUAUGGAAAGAUUACUAUUCCCUGGAGACUAAGUUGGGAACAUCAGAAAGUGCUGCUGCUGUCUAUUGGCGUGCUCGGAAGACACUUAAGGACUCUGCUGUAGUUUUUAGUUCCCCAGAUCGGUAAUAGUUUCUGUAUAUGUUACACAGUUGCAGUUUUGAUGUAGUUUCCAAUAUCUUUAUUUGUUUCAAAUUUCAAUGGUUUGAAGAGAAAACAGACAGAAGGCUGUAAUCUAAGCUCCAAAUGGAAAUUUUGAGUAAAUUUUGAGUCAUAUUAAGUGCACCGUAAACAUGAUUCAUUCCUUUAA